CGUGGAGCAAUUCGUGGCAAUCCGUGGCAAUCCGUGCCAGUCUGAUUUUCGCGUCGCUUGUGUCGCUUGCAGUGAGGCUUGCUGAUCCUCACUCGCCAAGCCGAACUAUUUGCGUCUGCUCUACUAGCUUCUAUUGUCAACAGAAGCUGUCUUGUCAAGUCGAUUAAUCGCCGAUUAACGUUAACAAUGGCAUCGUACGUAACUGAUUUUUACAAUGGUAAAAGCGUUUUUAUCACCGGUGGCACCGGUUUCGUCGGCGUCUGCUUGAUAGAGAAACUCUUGAGAUGUUGCCCUGAUAUCAAGAAUAUUUAUUUGCUAAUGCGACCGAAGAAGGGAAAGCAGAUCAUGGAGAGAUUGGAGGAAUUAACGAAAAACUCGGUCUUUAAUCGAAUAAGGGAGGAGAAACAAACCGAUUUAUUUAAGAAAUUAAUCGCAAUUGCCGGGGAUGUUGGUGAAGAAAAUUUGGGAUUGUCUUCACAAGAUCGAACAACCUUAAUAAAUACAGUAGAAGUCGUUUUCCAUUCAGCCGCUACGUUGGACUUUGAAGCCGAUCUAAAGACUACAACAAAUAUUAACUUAUUAGGAACUCGUAGAAUCGUCCAACUCUGUCGAGAGAUUAAAAGACUCAAGGCGCUAGUUCAUGUUUCUAGUGCGUAUGUUAAUGCAGUAUUGCACAAUGUCGAUGAAAUAAUAUAUCCCGCACCAGCGGACGUAAAUACAAUUUUGAAGCUAGUUGAUACACUAGAUGAUGCUACCUUAAAUUCCAAAACACCAGAGAUAUUAAAAAAUCAUCCAAAUCCUUAUACAUUUACAAAACAUUUAGCUGAACACGAAGUAUUAAAUGGAGGCUUUCCAGCGACUAUCGUUCGUCCUUCGAUGAUAGCGGGAGCAUGGAAAGAACCAGUUCCAGGAUGGACAAUAUCAAAGAAUGGACCACAAGGUUUUAUAUUAGGUGCCGGUAAGGGUGUUAUAAGAAGAUUGCCAGUUGCAAAACAUCUUAUUUAUGAUUAUAUUCCAGUAGAUAUGGUCGUAAAUAGUUUGAUUGUUGCAGCUUAUAAUGUCGACCGUGACAGUGACAAAGGGUUAAAGGUGUAUCACUGUACAUCUAGCACGUGUAACUCUUUCACAUGGGAGUCUGUAGAAAAGGAAAUUAAUACCUAUUUACACACCUAUCCGAUACGAAGCGCCGUUUGGUAUCCAUAUCUCAAGUUUCUACCAUCGCUCUUUUUGUUUAGAAUCUCGGCUAUCUUUGUUCAUUUCAUUCCUGCUUAUAUUUUGGAUGCAAUUACACGAUUAUGCGGAGGCCGUCCUAUUUUAGUUCGUUUGCAUACAAAUGUCAACAGAUCAUUAGAACGCCUUGAGAAAUUUAUCUUUCAAGAAUGGAGAUUUAAUAAUCCGCGCUUGUUGCAGUUACACGAAUCGUUAUCACUAGAAGAUCAAAAAUUAUUUACGCUUGAUAUGAGACCAUUAAUCUGGAAAGACUAUUUUACAGAUUUGAUACAAGGUGUCAGAACAUAUCUUCAUAAUGAAUCUCCAAAAUCUUUACCGAAAGCACGUUCCAAACAUAAAAUUCUUACGAUUGCUCAUCUGGGUUUACAAGCUGCUCUAUUAGGUUUGAUUUGGUGGCUGGUUAAAGUUUUAUUUGCUACAACGUGGACAAAAACUGGUUUAGUUGUACCAAUAACAUAUUUGCUGUUUGAUCAGUUAUAAAUAUUAAAAUAUACUAU